CUCUACUAAACUUUUUUGAGAUUGAUCAUAAUCUUCUUUUUAUUUGUAAUUUGACCUCUCCACCUUUUUUGUAUAUAUUAUACCAUGGACGUCAUUUCAAAUGUAGAGACAAUUACAAAAGGUAGUCCAAAUAUCACUGAAUUAUGGCUCUUUAUCGUAUGCUGCGUUGUGGUCAUUAUUGUUGUCCUAUUCUUUCUCUUUUAUUUCAAUCGAGUGGCUGCACGUCUGGUUACUUUGAUAGCAAAUCAAUACUUAUGGAGACGUUAUGGAGCAUAUAUACAAUUAGAUUCUAUUAGGGUGACUUUACUCGGUGCUCGCAUCUUAUUCAAAAAUUUUCGUUAUCAUUCUACCAAUCAAUCUAUUACUAUAGUCAAAGGUCAUAUCACUAUACAAUACUGGUUAUUCAAUGUACAAAAACCAAACUCUGGGAUAAAAGAAGAUACAAAACUGCCCUGCCGUGUGGUAUGUAGUGUUGAAGGUCUUGAAUGGUUUAUUUACAACAAUAUACCAGCUUAUGAACGAAUGAAAAUUAUAUUGGGUUUGGAAACUGAAUCUCCUAUCACAACUGAAGAUCCGCCUACUCCUGCUGAUGAUACAAUAUCUAUGGAUGGUACCCGUAAAGUCCUGGAUCCAGAAAGUCAAACUAUGGCGGAAUCAUCACUUUUACUAAGAUUGAUGCCUAUUCAGAUUGAAUGUACGACAGGUGCCAUCAUUAUUGGCAAUCAAAGACUAAAGACAUAUAUUGUGGUUAAAGCUACUCAAACAAGUGGAACUUAUAGUGCUGGACAAUCUAGGACAUCGAUGGAUUAUUAUAAAUCAAGUUUGGAUUUAGUAUUACGGAAACCUCAGAUCAGUUUGGAAAAGAAUGAAAACUACAAAUCAGAUUCUCAACAUAUGAACAGUUCACAACGAUUACAUCGAACAUACGGAUGGUGGAAACAUAUAUGGCGUUGGAUUCAAUGGAUGUUCUGGAUAGACACAAUUGAUAAUCCAAAGAAAAAACAAAAACAACAUGAAGAUCAAAGUACUCGUCGUGGUUCUGAAGAUCGUUAUUCUCGUAGACUGUAUCAAGAUGAUUAUGCGAAAAUAGAGAAUAUUAUGGAAUGUAGUCAAAUGGCAAUAUGUUAUUAUGCAGAUAUUCCUGGACCUGUCCCAAAUACUGUUUCUAAUGGUUAUUCUGGUAUUGGUCUUGAUAUUGGCAACGGUGGUCUACCUCCAGAAUGGGGUGUACACUUAUCUAUUUGGAAUGCCUUAUUCAAUUAUGGUCCAUGGACUGACAUGCAAAGAGCUUCUAUACAAGAUUAUUUUUUCCCAAAUUCCCAUCGAACCAACAAACCUACAACUGUACUUUCACCAGGUGAUACCCGAAUACCAACUUCGUUUGAUUUUAUGGUAGAUUUUAUGACGGAUGGUAAUCUUAGGAUUCCAACAAGGGAAAUGUCAAAGGAUUGGAAAUACAAUGGUGACAUGCCUGAUCUGGAUAUUGAUCAGAAUGGAUUAUAUACACGUCCUCAUGGAUGGUUCGAUAUCAAGUUUAAGGAAGGAUCACGUAUCAAAACAAUUACACCUUUUGUUACCAACAAUGAUGGAUAUGUUAGUACUGUGGAUAUUGAUUUGAAAGGAAUUGAUGUUACAACAAGUGUCAAUUUUGCCGGUUUUAUUCAUGCAGAUAAUUUCAAGAUGUUUGUCGAUAUGCCUUCACCACUUGUUUGGAAUGAACAUCGUACUUGGACUUUGGAUACUAAAAUCAAGAAUCCUGAUAUUUAUCUACUUCGUGAUCAUGUUUAUUUAGUUCAAGACCUCAUCAAAGACUGGACUUCAGGUCCUCCAGCGGAUUUGUUACACUUUAUACCUAUUACAUAUGAUUUUCAAUUGGAUGCCACACAGCUUAGCGUCUACUUGUGCGUCAAUGAACAUAAUAUUAUCAACUAUCCAAACUCUACUGAUGAUAAUGCCUUUAUCAUACUUUCCUCACAAAAAGUCCAUUUCUCUACAUCUUUGCCUUUUGUUACUUUCCAACCCGAGGUGAUCUCGAUGAAAUAUGAUGUACAGCUGGAACAAAUCCGUGGUGGUAUCUCUUUACAAUCAUCUCAUACAUGGAGCUCUUUUAUGAGUAAAGAAGAUUCUCAGGUGGCUUCUGUCAUGUCUCUCUCCUUGCAAGGAUCUUAUGAAAGUUAUUCUACUAUCGAUGUUUUACGUCAUAUUGAAUCGUCUAAUUUGCACCUCAAGUUUCAUGGUGCUGUCGUUAAAUUAUUCGGAACUGUGAUUCGAUAUCUGUUUAUAUUACGUGACAAUUAUGUUGGAAACUCGUUACACUUUUGCACUAUUGACGAAUACCGACAACGACGUGCUAAUCCUGAAGAAUAUCUGGAACUGCGGAAGAAAGAGUCAGAAGCGAAGCCAAUGUCUGAUCCAUUCGAACUUUACUUAUUAUGUGAAAUUGAAGAUGGUGCACUUAUCCUUCCUGAAAAUCUCUAUGAAUGUUCACAUUACUCUCAAUUGGAAUUUCAAGAACUACAGGUGGAACUCCGAAAUUUGGAUAUUUAUAUGGAUAUGUAUGUAACGAUUAGCCCUAUUACUUGGACAAGAGAUAGUAACCCAAACCCCACUACUCGGCGUGGUCAUUUCAAAAUGAAAAAUGCUCGUGAUCCUCGUAACUAUCUUUAUAUUGAUGAAACAAACAUUCAUGCACAUCGACUUUUUGGUCCUCUUCCGGAAACAUCUACCUAUUUAUGUCAUUGGGAAUUCGAUAUUGGAAGCAUUAAAGGUGAAUUGAAACCUUCAUUCUUGAUGGGAGCUGCCAGUUUCUCUCAAACUUUUGUGUACAACCUGAUCGACGAAGACAACGCGGUGUCACCUGAUAUGGCAUCAGAAGAUGUUCCUGAUGUUACUUUUGUCAAAGCAAGGAUAAGACAAGUGGAUAUCUAUUUGAUGACUCAAAAUAGUGCAACAUUACUACAACUUGAAAAUGGUAUUAAGGCGGAAUUCGACAAUCUCACUAAUGAAAAAUACAAUCAACGUAUUGGCGUUCAGCUUCCAGGUAUAUCUCUUACGUGUUUGGCGAAUCAAGAUCAAGCGAGUCAACAACAGGAUACUGAAUUCUCUUGGGUGGAAGUGGCAAGGAUAGAGGUUGGACUUAAUGUCACUAUUUUUCGACAUACCAAAGAAUGGAAAAAGUUUCGAACGGCACAACAGAACUAUAUUCAAACUCAAGAUUAUCUCACAGGACGAUGUACUCAUUUGUAUGAUAGUGAUUCUUCCUCUCGACGCACACAUUCAUCAACAAGGACAACUCAUGAACAUCAUGUUGGCGUACUAUAUGCUCCUCAUUAUCGAUCUUUUUAUCUUCAUGAAGAUUCUGGUUUGGAAAGUGAAGAUUCCUCCAUGUCUACUGAAACUCCAAUGGAUAGAAGAUAUUCCUUGUCGGGUGAUGAUGAUCAUAGUAUGAUAUCAUUCAAUGAUCAAUGGCCUAUUACUCUAGAUGCAUUAGAAUCUGAAGAAGACAGUAUUAGUUUGCAUGAUGAUACAACUUCUAUGAAAAGCAUGGUUUCCAACAAUGAUUCUUUUCAUACUGCCCAAUCUGAAGAUGAACUUUAUCCAGUGACAAGUAUGUCGUCCAAUGCCAUUACUGUGGAUUACCCAAGAAGUUUUGAUGAAGGUAGCAUUGAAUCUAUAAGUGAAGAUGAAAGUCAAGGAAAUGGUGCUUACGAUGAAAUGGAUGGUGAAAACAACUUUGAAAAUUUUGGAUAUACUAUUACCGCCAUACCUCCUUCUAUUUCUUACAGUGGCUAUCUCAGUAGAUAUGCGGUCAAACGUGCAACAAAUCAAAUUGGUCGAGCUCAAGCUUUUUUUCAUCCAUAUGUACCUCCUCCAAAAACGAUUUUUACACCUUUGAAACCGAAAGCUGGCAAGCAAUAUGAAGAAGAAUUCGCUAGUCAUGAACAAGACUUCUUUGCGAACGCUCAAGAAGACACCGAUACUCCAUCCUCCCCAGAGAAGGAACACAAAGAUGGUGAAGAUGAUAGAAGAAAUGAUGUUGUAGCAACAACAGUACUGGAAGCAACACAUCCUGUCAAGAUCCUGGUAACACCAAUACUCGUAAAGGUGGUUCAAGAAGUAACUGAAAUCAUCAAUAAGGACGACUGGGAUUUGGAAACAAUGUUAGACACAUCUCAAAUUGAAUAUGUUGGCCAACUCACUCGAUAUCUGACUGACAAAUUCAUCUGCACUCGAUUUGCUGUUUGGCUUCCAAGCACACAUUUACACUUCAUUCAGAAUGUAAUGAUUCCUGCUGAUCUUCCAUCGUACAAGAACGCGCAAUCUCAUCUUCAAACACUUUAUGACAAUGAAGAUGAAUUGUUAUGUGCUGCUGAUAUCUUUUUGGAUGACUUUCGAAUGAUUGGUGGGGUGACUUUCCAAGAUUAUGCAUUUGAUCAAAAGCAAAAAUCUGUGGCUGAAUCGAAACUGGUACUAGAAGAAUCUCGCGUACAUGUAAAUGUGGGUAAUAUGGGCUGCAAGGUACAAUAUGUCAGUGAUCAUUAUGAAAAUCGACGACAAGUCAUGUUUGGUAUUCCACUCUCUCGACAACAUAUACCUGGACGAAACUUCACCAGCAAUGAUAAUGUAUUCAAUUCUGACUCUGAAUCCGAUGCAUCUGAAAAUCAACAUGCAAACGAACUAGUGGUGAUUGACUUGGGAUUGGAACAAUUUUGUUGCAAAUGGGUUGGCUCAAGGAAACCAAAUUAUCUCGAUUUUAGUGUGGACAAACUAUCAUCUAUUAUCAUUACAGAAUCUGCAGAAAUUCUUGUUGGUGCUGUUUAUUCUUGGUUGGUAUUUGUGGAUGAUCUUCAACGUAUUUUGGAAUGUUUUCAAGACAGAAGAACUCGUCAAAACCAAGUUUUUACGCAUGAACUAGCUCAAUUCUCCAAUGUAGGUACGGCUGUCACAAGCGAUCCUCAAUUUUUGACUAUUCCAACCAGUAUGGGACUUCGAAUUGGAUCAAAAAACUUUCGAAAUGAUGUGGGGUGGAAACUUCUGGCUCGAAUGCGUCAAUGUCUCCGUUUAAUGCCAUCGACAAUGCGUGAAAAAUUACAAUAUCGAUUGACCUCUGGCGGUGCUACUGAACAUGUAGAUUCUUCUUUGAUGUAUGGACAAGUUAUACAAGCAUUUUCUGGUUGGCGAAGUUGGGAAAUUGAUUCACGGGAUAUUCGAAGUUGUCGACUCUUCAUCAAGAUAUUUAAUCAACAAGCCUCAAUACAGUCAUUCAAUAACAACAACAGCAAGAACAAUAGCAACAAUGGUAGUGAUGAUGUUCCUUCAGAUGAUGAUGAAGUAGUCAACAGCCGCGGCACUAGUAUUAUGAAUGACAAUCAUCUUGAUGAAACAGUUAAUAACCGUGUGGAUGAAAUUGUCAAUUUUUUGAUGACCUCUAUGAAUUACGCCAAAUUCAAAAUCAAUCGAUUUGACUUUUGUAUCUAUGAAGAAGAGCCUGAUGUUUAUGACAAUCAUAUUCUUAUCGAACCUUUGGAAUUUGCCAUUGAUACAACAUACAAGACCUCUAUGCUUGAAAAUACAGCCAAGGGCUCUCCUCCUCCUACUAUUACUACUUUUGAAGGUUACUUGGAUAUUAUUGGUAAACUGGAUAUUGGAUUAGUGGAAGUUUCUGUCAAUCCUACGGUGAUGGCCUUUGCUCGACAUAUGCUGACAGUACAACGUGUAUUCACUGCCAAAUUGAAAAGUUUAUCUCAUGCUACCAGAUCAUCCUCCUUUUUCGGAAGAGGUAAGCCGACUGCCUAUGGUCCAAGUAAUACUGUUACCAAUCUGACUCAAGUAUCUCCAAAACAACAACGACAACAACAACAACCUACGCCUCUGGAUUUUCAACUUUUGUUAUCUCGUAUUGAUGUGAUGGCACAUGCUUUGGUCCGGAUUCAAGAAAUCAAGUUAGGGGCAUGGGCGCAGAAACUUACAAUGAAAAAUAACAUUUGUGGUAUACAAGGCUCUUUAGUGUUCUCCAAUCCAAGAUUAUCACCUGUGGCGAUGUUCCAACCAUCAUCAGAAAAAGAUUCAGACACUGGCUCUGGAAAACCAAGUUCCAACAAGACCUCUAGGAAACAAGGCAAUACAAACUCCAACCGGAUUAUCAUGGAUGCAUCUGGAGGAAUAGAUGUAUUCGACAUUGGCUUCUAUGAACUACUGCCUCGGGGAUCUCAUUGGUCAAACAGCAAGACUGGAUCGUCGUCGAUUAGACAUACAUCAUCGAAACGUAUACACACCAAACUUCUUGCCAUGACGGUUCACGAUGCCAAACUCAAUGCGAAUAUCAGCCAGCCCGGCAAAAUCAACAAAAAACAAAAAACAACCAUGGAUAGCAAUACCAGGAAAAUUCUCAAGAUCUUCUCUAGCGUAGGCAGUUUUGAUGUGGAUGCUCCUCAAAGUUUACUUCGUCUUUACAGCUUUGUAGAAGAAUGGCGCAGCGAACAAGGGAAGCGAUAUCAUUUUAUGUUUCAAAAUCUAUUAACUGAAUGGGAAGAACAAAGACGUCUGACUGAUCAAACCAAUGUAUUGGUGGCAAGUCCUAUUGUUGAAAAUGAAGAUGUGGUUGAUGAUCAUCCUGAACGUUGGUACGAUAUUAAACUCCAAUUCUUACUUACGAAAUUUGUGGCCAAAGCAGAUUUACUUCGAUCUCUCAGCAUCAAAUAUUCUAUUGACGAUCUUUUGGUACUGGUCAAUGAAACUCAAAAGUCAUCAGCAACUCCAGUUAUCAACUAUGCAUUCCAGCUAUCCAAACAAGUAGUGGAACUCAUCACUCACAGUGGCAAUAAUAUGGUUGACAACGAUAUUCAAGAACAACAACGACAGCAACAAGACAUCACGUUAUUGGAGUCGAACAAUGCAAAUGCUUUCAAUUUACCUGGUAUACGCAGUUCUGGGAUUUUGAUGAAGGUCAUGAAUUCAUCAGUGGGUAAAUUAGGAUUUCAACUUCAAUCAUCUAUAUCAAUCGACUUUAUCGCCAUGUCUUUGGAUGUCAGUAUGAUCGAUUCUAUACUUACGGCGCACAAUCUGUUAGGCAAUGAAGUCAAUGAACUAGUGGAAGUAUUUUCUUACUCGAAAAAAGGUCGCCUUCAAUCUACAACAAUAUCAUCAUCAACAGAUGUGUCGGUACCAUUCAAAUACGCCAUUGGUAUUUCCCUUGAUGGUUUGAGCAUCAAAGCAGCAAGUCCGUCGGCUACUGGAUUGUUUGAGUCAAAUGUAUUGGAAGCAUCCAUCUCAAAUUACGCACAACAAACAACAAGCCAAGCUCUUAUAUGGAAAAUAUCUGGAAGCAAUUUUGCAUUAUCUCUUGAUCAUGGAAGUGUUGAUGAUAUGUCUGCGACACAACAACAACAAGGAGAUGAUCGACAUGAUACCAAGCGUAGAAAUCGUCUUGCUUACAUUGUGGUCGACUUUGGAUUGCAAAAUCAACCUAUCAAUGAACCUGGACCCAAUUCGACUUCUUCAUUAGAUGCCAAUGUACCAUCUAGUACGACAAACGACAACAACAACGAACAACAACAUGUUACAAUGUCAUAUUAUAUCAAGAUUAGUAAAGUCCAAACUGUGAUGCAACCUAUUGCGUUAGGAAAAUUGGCAGAAAUGUAUAUCUACUAUGACUCGGAACUCAAGAAGAAGAAGGAGAUCAAACAGGCCGAAAUCGAACAAUUAGCAGCGAACACCAAACGUAUAGUUGAAUCUUUCCAAACGGAUGUCCCACUUGAAGCGCAAGAUAUGCAUACUAUGUGGCAAGGAAAAAAUUUGACUUUGAUCAUUGAAAAAUUUGGUGUUGCGAUACCCUUAUCGGAUAUGGCUGAAGGUAUAUCAUUAUCAACAACGACAUCAACAACAGCAGCAUCACAAGCAGCAACAUCACCAACGACUCCUGUGUCAAUAUCUAUGGAGAAAUCUAGUGGACAACAACAACAUCAUCAUCAUCAUCAUUACCAUCAUCAUCAUCAUCACCAUGCAGCAUUACUCUUCUCACUCACAUCUCUUCAAUUUAGCACUGAAAACAUCAAAACGACCACGGCAACUAUACAGGACAUAUCUUUGCAAUUCGUCAAACGAUUUGAUCAAAGCAAUGAACAACACUUUUUGGCCGCCAAUCAUCCUCGUAUGAAUCAAAUGCGUCUUCCUUCCAUCAACUGUAUUGUCGACACCACAUUUGAGAAAUCAACAAGGAAACUCGGGGUACAGAUCAAUGCGAAUGUACGUGGCUUUGAAGUGGACUUGGAUGGAACUAUUACGGAAUAUAUCAAUCGACUCGGUGUUAUCUAUGUUAAAAGUAUGGAUCGUGUCAAUGCCUUUACAUUGGAAACUUCUGAAACUCCUGUCAACAGUAACACUACGAAGAAAUCCUCUACAGCAGAAGCAAUAUCUGAAUUGAUCUAUUUGGAUGUGACAGGUGUUUUCGAAUAUGAUGCUAGUAUUGUUCGACUCUUCCCCAAACGGCGCACUAGUGAUCAAGGACGACGUGGAAAACAAUUGCAGCGAUCAAUGAAAGGCAGCGGAAAUGAUACUAGGGAUAUCACUGAAAGCAGCAAUACAGCCACUAUCAAACUACCUGGAGUCAAUGCAUCAUUCAAAUAUCAAACACCACUCGGUGUAUCAUCUUCUUUGUCAAAUUCUCCUCGACGUCUCCAUGGUGAUAUUCUCAUUCUCGAAAGCAACAAUGUGUUACAUCCUUCUCUGGUUCAAUUCCUUCAUGAAGUCACAUCAGAACUCAAACUUGGCAUGCAACAAUCAAGUGAAAGAAAGGCCACUACUCGAAAGGAAUCAUCAACAUCAUCAGUCAAUGGCAAGAACAACAACAAUAAUAAUAUCAAUGCUUCACUACUUUUACGAUUGUCGAAAACAAAACUGGAUCUUAGUUGUCAACCUGCUUCCAAAGUGGUUUGUUCGCUGGGAUGGAGUGAAAGUGAAUUUAUGAUGAACUCUUUUGCUCAUGAAUCAGGUCAUACUAUGAGUUGCUUUGGUUCCCUACGUAGUAUCUCGGCGGUUGUCAAGCAUCAUUUUUCUCCACAAUCAUGUCUGACUGCCAAUAUCGAACGCAUCCUAUUCAAUGCCUCAUUGACCUCCAAGCGACAGGACUCCACUAUCAACGAUGAUAUCUCCAUUAUGGUCACCAUUCCCUCUAUUGAAGGCGAUAUCAACAUGCGUCAUCUCCAAGAUUUAUUGAUUCUCAACACUUGUUGGUUUACUCAACCGAUUCCUCAACCACAACAAUCACGACAUCAAUCAAAAGAUCAAGGACUUGCUCCAUUUGCACGGUACGUUAUACUUCAACUUGAUCAGGUGACAUUAUCUAUCGAUAUGGGACAAGCUAUUGGCAAAGUGAAAUUGGUACCAAAACAAUUAUCAAUGCAAACACAUAUGAUUCCUGGUAUUUCUCAAGGUAUUGGAUUAUCUCUAGGCGGCGUAGAUCUUACUUCGGAAGGUCGACUCACUGGUGAACUUGAAAUUCAUCGAUGUAUGCUUCAAGGUCAUGUCGAUUUCAGAUCAACACAACAACAGCCACAGCAAGGAUCAACAACAUCAUCAAUGGUGGUGAUGAAAAAAAUGCCUUCCUGCCAACUUUAUAUAUCAAUGUAUGGUAUCCGAGGUAAAUUCACUUAUGAAUAUCAAAACAUCUUGGACUUGGUGCAAGAACCUAUUCAACUCAAUGCGACAGUGAAUCAUGAUCAACAACAACAGCGACAACAACUUAAAGUGGCGAUUCAGGCUGGACGAUUUAUAGCUAGUGUCUCAAUCAAAACUGUACCUGUCAUUAUUGUGAUGCAUCAACGAUUUAUGGAGUUGCUAGAAAAGAAACGAAAUGAAGCUAGUUCCAUUGACUUCCCUUGGCAUACUCAACAUUCCUCUUCUACUGGUGAUAAUAUGACAAACAAAAUGGAACGACAAUCCUCACAAGAUCCUGAGAUGUUCUCUCCUAUACCAAUAUCAUCAUCAUCAUCAUCAAUGAGACCUAAACAGCAUUAUUGGCCACAAAGUAUAGUCAAGCUCAAUGUGGAAGGCAUUCAAGUGAUUGUAUAUCCUAGUCAAUUUCAAGAUGGUGACAACGUGGAGAUUCAAGCGAAACAAGUGGAAGGAUCAUUGGAACAAACACCAAUAAUCAAGGAUGAGGAUCAGGAAGGUAUAACGCGACAUUUACUUCUCAGUAUCGGUAAGGCAGCUCUCUUGAAAAAUGUGCCUGGUCAAAAAAUCAUGGAAAAACGACGAUUACAGCUGGAUGAUAUUAUGAUGAAACAAGAACAAAAGGAACAACAGAACAAUAGGGAUGAUAUGGCUCUCUUUCAAAGUACUGUUCAUGCUGAAACGGAUAUUCAUGGUUCAAGUGGUGGAAACAAUAAGCAACCAUCUGAAAUACAAAAACAACAACAACAACAGCAUCAGCAGCAGCCAUCGGACAUAUCACAACAAGAACAUCAACAGCAGCAAGCAAACAAAUCAGUUGUUGUCAAGGAAAAAGGGACAUUUAUAUUUACAUUACCUUUGACGAAACUUCACAUGGAUUCAACUCAAGUGCUACAGAUUGUGCAACAUACAUUCACUGUGGAUUUCAAGGAUCGGGUGCAAGUGUCAUUGAAUAUUGGACAAAUGAAAUAUCUACAAGAAUUGAUCAAUAUGUUUAAUGAUCAAAUGGCACGGGCAAAAAAGACAGUGGAUUCGACAAGAAUGAUACCAACGACAUUAUCCAUCUCGGCAACAACAGAUAGUGAAAUAAUGCAACAACAUGAUAUGGACUCGACUAGUUUGGACAGUGGUAUAGGUGUUGGUGGUAGCGAUGUAGGAAUACAAGAGACGAAUGAAUCCAUUGAACAAAAGGAUAUUACCAAACAAGAUGACAAGACAAAUCGAUUGACAUAUAUCACAGACAGUGCUGUACAUUUUGAUCCUCAACUUCGACAAAUGGGUGAUGCCACACCAUCUGUGGAAUGGCUUCUGGGCUUCAAUCGUGAACGUUUACCUGGUCUGAUUCAUGAAAAUGUGACAUUACAUCUGGAUCAAGUGGUUCAUGCUAUCUGGGAAUUCUACCAAAAUCAAUUACAUAAACAGCAGGAUUAGAUCGUUAUUAUUGUAGAUACCCCU